CGGGGCGGGGGGGAGAGGAGGGAGGGCGCCGGAGGGAGAGGCGACCCGGGGAGUCGUUGUGGGCCGCGGGCCGGACCGGGGCCGGGGCUGCGGUAGCCUGGGCCGGGCGGAAGUCGCGGCGGGCCGUUGGCUGGCCGCCGAGGCUGUUCGGGGUCCUCCCCGGCCCGACUUGCGCUCCCGGGCGCCCUGAGCCUCCGGCACUGUGCCCACCCCGCUCCAGCUCGCGUCUCCAGACUCCAAUUAGGUCAGGCUCGGUGUCCCGCGGCCGCGGCUCCGGCCCGCGACGCGCGGCGGCCGCUCGGCUCGCCUUUCUUCUUCCCCAGCCUUGCUCUCGGCCUCCCCCUCCCCCUUCUUCCCCGGUUCCUGGGUUUUGUUUUGUUUCUGCUGUAGGGGUUUUGUGUCAACCCGAGCUCAUGGGUGUACAUUAUCAUGCUCCUCUUUUGUAGAGCACCCCGACGGCCAUGGAGGCUGAAGAAACGAUGGAAUGCCUUCAGGAGUUUCCUGAGCAUCACAAAAUGAUCUUGGACCGAUUGAAUGAACAACGGGAGCAGGACCGCUUUACAGACAUCACCCUGAUUGUCGACGGACACCAUUUUAAGGCUCACAAGGCUGUUUUGGCUGCCUGCAGUAAGUUCUUCUACAAAUUCUUUCAGGAAUUUACUCAAGAGCCUUUGGUUGAAAUUGAAGGUGUUAGUAAAAUGGCUUUCCGUCACUUAAUCGAGUUCACAUACACAGCAAAACUCAUGAUUCAAGGGGAAGAAGAAGCCAACGAUGUGUGGAAAGCAGCAGAGUUUCUACAAAUGCUGGAAGCUAUUAAAGCACUUGAAGUCAGGAACAAAGAAAACUCAGCUCCAUUAGAGGAGAAUACUACAGGAAAAAAUGAGGCAAAAAAAAGAAAGAUUGCAGAAACAUCGAAUGUUAUCACUGAAUCAUUGCCGUGUGCAGAAUCGGAACCUGUGGAAAUUGAGGUGGAGAUUGCUGAAGGCACAAUUGAAGUAGAAGAUGAAGGCAUCGAAGCUUUGGAGGACAUGGCUUCUGCCAAGCAGUCUAUAAAGUACAUACAGAGCACAGGCUCCUCCGAUGAUUCCGCCCUAGCAUUGUUGGCAGAUAUCACCAGCAAGUACCGUCAAGGUGAAAGCAAAGGACAGAUUAGCGAAGAUGACUGUGCAUCUGACCCCAUAAGCAAACAGGAACACAUGAAAUCACACUCCACUGAGAGUUUCAAGUGUGAAAUAUGCAAUAAAAGGUAUCUCCGGGAGAGUGCAUGGAAACAACACCUAAACUGUUACCACCUUGAAGAGGGUGGAGUAAGCAAGAAGCAAAGAACUGGGAAAAAGAUUCACAUAUGCCAGUACUGUGAGAAACAGUUUGACCACUUCGGACACUUUAAAGAACACCUUCGAAAGCAUACAGGUGAAAAACCUUUUGAAUGUUCAAAUUGUCACGAGCGGUUUGCUAGAAAUAGCACUCUCAAAUGUCACCUCACUGCAUGCCAAACUGGAGUAGGGGCAAAGAAGGGAAGGAAGAAGCUUUAUGAAUGCCAGGUCUGUAACAGUGUAUUUAACAGCUGGGACCAGUUCAAAGAUCACUUGGUAAUACACACUGGAGAUAAACCCAACCAUUGUACUCUGUGUGACUUGUGGUUUAUGCAAGGAAAUGAACUAAGGAGGCAUCUUAGUGAUGCUCACAACAUUUCAGAGCGUAUAGUAACUGAAGAAGUCCUUUCUGUAGAAACACAUUUACAAACCGAACCAGUGACAUCAAUGACUAUUAUAGAACAAGUGGGGAAAGUGCAUGUGCUGCCACUGCUUCAGGUCCAAGUGGACUCUGCACAAGUCACCGUGGAACAAGUCCAUCCAGAUCUGCUCCAGGACAGCCAAGUGCACGACUCACACCUGGGGGAGCUUCCAGAGCAGGUCCAAGUGAGUUAUCUGGAAGUGGGCCGGAUUCAGACUGAGGAAGGCACUGAAGUACAUGUUGAAGAGCUUCACGUUGAGCGGGUAAAUCAGAUGCCAGUUGAAGUACAAACUGAGCUUCUAGAAGCUGACUUGGAUCACAUGACCCCUGAAAUCAUGAGCCAAGAGGAAAGCGAGCCUAGCCAUGCAGACGCUGCCAUGGAAGAACACGAAGACGCUGAGGGGUUAGAGACCAAACCAAGAGAGUAUUCCCAAGCUAGAAAAGCAGAGAAUGACAGGACGUCUAUGCCGGUGUUAGAAUGAAAUAACAAUUAUAUUUUUCAAUUUACAUUUGGGGUAAACUGAUGGGCAGUGUGACCUUAAGCUAUCAAAUAAUUGGACCAAAGUUAAACUAUUUCUGUUGUGCUGUUUCUAUGGAAACAGGCUGUCCUUCCAGUUAAUGCCACAGAGUGGGAAUAUUCCUCAUAAUGAGUGGAAGCUUUGAGAAGUAUAUUUCUGGUAACUUAAAUGAAUUAUAUUCUUAUUAUAUAGUUGGGUA